UUGAGUGUACAUUUCAAUUUUCUUUUUUCCCCACAAAAAAACAAUUCACAUUACAAACCGGAUCACUUCUCAAUCUCUGAAGUUCUCCACCGAUUUCCUUUUUUCUUCAUCAACCGCUUUGGAUGCUGAUUUCUUAGUACUAUCUGAGAUUUAUCAAAAAACUGACUACAAAGAUCUCAACUGUUCCCUUGUGCUUCCGUGUUAUCCAUUUAUGGGGUGAAGUGGGCUUCUAAUGAGAGGUGUAGAGGACGAUCCGCUCCCAAAACGUAUGAAAGUGUCCUCUGGAAAAAUAGGAGGUCUUUCGGACGGCAUAUCUGUUGGAGAACAAGGUAGUUGCUCAUUAAGUGGUUCAAUGGCAUCUGGAGAUGACAAGGUUGUUGGCUCGAAUGGAUUGAUUAGUAAAGUUGAAUUUGUUCGCAUCAUAACUGAGGCAUUAUAUUCUCUUGGCUAUUCAAAGAUUGGGAAACAUUUGGAGGAAGAGUCAGGAAUACCUUUACACUCCAAUCUGGUAGCUACGUUUAUACAGCAAAUUCUUGAUGGCCAAUGGGAUGAAAGUGUCACAACAUUACAUCAAAUUGACCUAAUAGAUGAAAGUAUUAUUAAAACGGCAUCUUUUAUGAUACUAGAGCGGAAAUUUUUUGAACUUUUGUAUGGAGAAAAGGAAGUGGAUGCAUUGAAUACUCUUAGGACCCAGAUUAUGCCACGUAAUGUGAAUCUUGACAGAGCUAAAGAACUGUCUUAUUUGAUGGUUUGUCAACCCCAUAUUUCGCUUGAUAAUAGUCACAGUCAAGAGUCAGGACUCUCUUCUCGUAAAAAGUUUUUGGGGGAACUGCAAAAGUUACUUCCUCCAACAGUGGUAAUCCCGGAAUACAGAUUGGUGCGUCUUGUUGAACAAGCUCUUGACUUUCAAAGGGAUGGUUGCAGGCUCCACAACUCAGUUGGGGAAAUGUCAUUGCUCGUGGACCAUCAGUGUGGACUGGACCAGAUUCCUUGUCAAACUGUGCAGAUAUUAGAAGAACACAGUGCUGAAGUUUUGUUUCUGAAAUUUUCUCACAACGGAAGAUACUUGGCCUCAUCGUCCCGGGAUUCCCAUGUGAUCAUAUGGGUGGUUAAUGCUGAUGGUCAUGUAAUCAUGAGGCAUAGAUUAACUGGCCAUGGACAACCUGUAUCCUAUGUUUCAUGGAGCCCUGAAGAUGAUCAAAUUCUUACAUGUGGAGAAGAUAAAACAGUUAGGCGGUGGGAUAUCGAUUCUGGUGAAUGCCUCUGUGUCUAUGGAAAACAAAAUCUUAGUUUGCUCUCAUGUGAAUGGGCUGCAGAUGGGAAACAUAUAUUCACUGGUGUUACUGAUAAAAGCAUCUGCACGUGGGAUCUCGAAGGAAAAGAAGUAGGUUCUUGGCAAGGGAAGACAACUUAUCGUAUGGAAAACUUGGGAAUCACCACUGAUGGGAAGGAGUUAAUUAUACAUUGUAAAGAUGAUGGAGUAGUCUUGUUUGGAUGGGAAACAUAUUCUCAAAGAUCAAUUGAAGAGAAUCAAAAAAUAACUUCAUUUGCGCUUUCCGAAGAUGGAAAGCUCUUGCUCCUUAACCUAUGCAAUGGAGAUCUUCAUCUAUAUAAUAUAGAUGGAUGCUUACACUGUAUAGGAGAGUACAAAGGUAACAAACGUUCCCAUCUUGUUGUACGGUCUUGUUUAGGUGGACUAAAGCAAGCUUUUGUUGCCAGCGGAAGCGAAAACUCCCAGGUUCACAUAUGGCACAGACACUCUGUGGAGUUGAUUUGUAGUUUGAGUGGUCACACUGGAGCUGUGAACUGUGUUAGCUGGAAUCCAGCCAAUCAUCAUAUGCUUGCAUCAGCUAGCGACGAUCGUACGAUUCGUAUAUGGGGAUUCAAGCAAGUAAACAGCUAGUCCACUUGAAAAGGUUUAACAUUUGCUUCUGUGUAAAUUCUCAUACCUCAAAAUGCUGAAGCAGCAAGCAUGCUACUUGUUUCACUCACUGUAACAAUUCAUGAUCAAUGCAAACUAGCAUUCACUCUAA